GAGAGACAGAGAAAUUGAGAGAGAGAAAGAGAGAGACAGAGCGCUGACUCCUCCUCAUUCUCCGGUGUCAAAGUUGACAUCAGCCCUGGAGCGGAGUUGAACGGGAGCCUUGUGCGUGAACGGGAGAGCGAGCUCACAUCAUUCAGUGGCGAAUGCUGCACGGAGUUAUGUACCUCGCGCUGCCUUGCCCUCUGAACUGCCUGCCGUCAUGGAUUGCAAACCGCGCGCGAAACCACUACUACUUUUUAUUUUACUGUUCAUCUUGUCGUUUAUUCGCCCAGCACUUUUGAUCAUCCACCCGUCCAAUGAAGUGAACCUGUUGGACUCCAAAGCCAGCCAGGGGGAGCUGGGAUGGAUCUCCUACCCAUCACACGGGUGGGAGGAGAUCAGUGGAGUAGACGAGCACUACACUCCCAUCCGGACAUUCCAGGUGUGUAACGUGAUGGAGUACAGUCAGAACAACUGGCUGAGGACCAACUGGAUCCCCCGCCAGUCAGCCCAGAAGAUCUACGUGGAGCUCAAGUUCACCCUGAGAGACUGUAACUCCAUCCCCCUGGUCCUGGGGACCUGUAAGGAGACCUUCAACCUGCUGUACAUGGAGACAGACGAGGACCAGGGCAGCCACUUCAGAGAACACCAGUUCUCUAAGAUCGACACCAUCGCUGCAGACGAGAGCUUUACCCAGAUGGACCUGGGAGACCGCAUCCUGAAGCUCAACACAGAGGUCCGGGAGGUGGGGCCUGUUACCAAGAAGGGCUUCUACCUGGCGUUCCAGGACGUGGGGGCGUGUGUGGCGCUGGUCUCAGUCAGGGUCUACUUUAAGAAGUGCCCGUUCACUGUGAGGAACCUGGCCUCCUUCCCUGACACGGUGCCCAUGGACUCUCAGUCAUUGGUGGAGGUGAAGGGCUUGUGUGUCAAUCACUCCAAGGAGGAGGAGCCACCGCGUAUGUACUGUAGUACAGAGGGGGAGUGGCUAGUGCCCAUAGGGAAGUGUCUGUGUAACGUCGGCUAUGAGGACAGAGGGAGCUCCUGCCAAGCGUGCAGAGCAGGGUUCUAUAAGUCUCUACUGGGUAACGUCCAGUGUUCUAAGUGUCCACCUCACAGCUUCGCCUAUCAUGAGGGAGCGCUACACUGUGGCUGCGAGAAAAACUACUUCCGCUCUGAUGGAGACCCGCCAUCAAUGGCCUGCACACGUCCUCCCUCCGCUCCUCGUAACGUGAUCUCAGUCAUCAAUGAGACCUCAGUGAUUCUGGACUGGUCCUGGCCGGAGGACACGGGAGGUCGUAAGGACGUCACCUUCACCGUGCUGUGUAAGCGCUGCAGAGAGGGCCAGAGGGUGUGUGAGGCGUGUCGCAGCAACGUACGGUUCCUCCCUCGUGCUGCAGGCCUGCAGAACACUACCGUAACUGUGGGAGACCUGCUGGCUCACACUAACUACACCUUUGAGAUAGAAGCUCAAAAUGGAGUGUCCCAGUUAGCCCCAACCAUGAGGCAAUAUGCUGCUGUGACCAUCACUACCAACCAAGCAGCCCCUUCUCCAGUGACUGUAAUCAGGAAGGAUCGUACGUCUCGUAACAGCAUCUCUCUGUCCUGGCUGGAGCCAGAGAGACCCAACGGCAUCAUACUGGACUACGAGGUGAAAUACUACCAGAAGCAAGAGCAGGAGACCAGCUACACCAUCCUACGGUCUAAGGGUUGCAACGUGACGUUGGGUGGUCUAAAGGCAGACACCUCUUACCUGCUCCAGAUCAGGGCCCGGACUGCAGCAGGCUACGGAGCCAGCAGCAGGAGCUUUGAGUUUGAGACAAGCCCUGACUCGUUCUCUAUCUCAAGUGAGAGUAGUCAGGUGGUGUUGAUAGCCAUCUCCUCCUCUGUGGCCAUCAUCCUGCUCACCGUCCUCCUCUACGUGGUGAUUGGCAGGUUCUGUGGCUACAGCAAGUCUAAACACCCCGAUGAAAAGAGACUGCACUUUGGCAACAGUCACCUGCGUCUGCCAGGUAUAAGGACCUAUGUAGACCCUCACACUUAUGAAGACCCCAGUCAGGCCGUCCAUGAGUUUGCCAAGGAGCUGGAUGCUUCCUGUAUCGCCAUCGACAAGGUGGUGGGAGCAGGUGAGUUUGGGGAGGUGUGCAGCGGUCGUCUGCGUCUGCCCAGUAAGAAGGAGAUCUGUGUGGCAAUCAAGACGCUGAAGGCAGGAUACACCGACAAACAGAGGCGGGACUUCCUGUCCGAGGCGUCAAUCAUGGGACAGUUUGACCAUCCAAAUAUCAUCAGGCUGGAGGGAGUGGUCACCAGGAGUAAACCUGUGAUGAUAGUGACUGAAUACAUGGAGAAUGGAUCCUUGGACAGCUUUCUGAAAAAACACGAUGCCCAGUUUACUGGUAUCCAGUUGGUGGGCAUGCUGCGUGGCAUCGUGUCAGGCAUGAAGUACCUGUCUGACAUGGGCUACGUCCACAGAGACCUGGCCGCCCGUAACAUCCUGGUGAACAGCAACCUGGUGUGUAAGGUGUCUGACUUCGGCCUGUCCAGAGUCCUGGAGGACGACCCCGAGGCUGCUUACACCACACGGGGAGGUAAGAUCCCUAUCAGGUGGACAGCUCCAGAGGCCAUCUCCUACAGGAAGUUCACCUCGGCCAGCGAUGCCUGGAGCUACGGUAUCGUGCUCUGGGAAGUGAUGUCAUACGGGGAGCGGCCUUACUGGGAGAUGUCCAAUCAGGACGUGAUCAAAGCGGUGGAUGAGGGCUACAGACUGCCUCCUCCUAUGGAUUGUCCUGCAGCUCUGUACCAGCUGAUGUUGGACUGCUGGCAGAAGGAGAGGAACAACAGACCCAAGUUUGAACAGAUCGUCAGCAUCCUGGAUAAACUCAUACGCAACCCUGGGAGCCUGAAGAUCACAGCCAACACCUCAUCCCGGCCAGUCAACCUGCUCAUGGACAGGAGUAGUUCUGAGGUGGUUCCAUCGUUGGACACCAUGGGGGAUUGGCUGGACAGCGUGAGGACUCUGCCCUGUAAGGAGGCCUUCUCUGGGGUCAGCUACAGCUCCUGUGACACCCUGCCCAAGACCUCCGCAGAGGACCUAAAGAAGGUUGGUGUGACUAUCGUCGGCCCCCAGAAGAACAUUGUGAGCAGCAUCAAAGCACUAGAGAGCCACAGUAAGAAUGGCCCUGUCCCAGUCUAACCUAACCAAGCCACUAGAGAUCCACAGAUUGGCUGACUGGCUGCCCUCUGGCCCCCAUUCCAAUCUGGAUGAAGCCAUUCUGGGCCCCGUUCCAUUCUGAAUGAAGCCCUUCUGGGCCCCGUUCCAUUCUAAAUUAAGACCCCCUGGGCCCCGUUCCAUUCUGAAUGAAGCCCCUCUGGGCCCCGUUCCAUUCUGAAUUAAAGCAUCUCCUUUUCAGCUCCUCCCUCCACUCCAGUGAGACCUCUGUGGACGUUUCAAUUAUGUUCAUUCCACGAGGGAGCCCUCCCAUUUUGAGGGGUAGUGAUAGGGAGUGAAGGAUGGGAGAGGAGGGGCUCGUAGUACUUUGGAUUAGAACAGCCCUCUGAUCUCUGUAACAUACAGGAAGGAAGUCCCAAACUAAAGGAGGAAGUAGACAUUAGAAGAGUGGUGCAGAGGAGGUCAACCGCUCUGGAGUUUGAUGAUGUCACCAUGAUGUCUUGACCUUACCCUGAACCCAGGGCAAGCAGUCAGACCGACAGACUGACCGACCAACUCUUCGACACUCCGCACCAAUGCUGAGAUGCCUUACUGAGAACACAGGAAAGGGGGGGAGAGAACCUGGCCUUGGACCUUAAAGGCAUGGGGAUAAAGGGCCGGCGCUGGGAUUGGAGAACCUGGGAUAGCAGGGCCCUGUGUGUGACUUAUAGUGGAAAGGGGCUUGUUGAGAACUGAACUAUUUAUGAUCUGAUCCUGUGGAUUUGACUGACAGAUCUUAAAUUCUGUAGAGGGGGACGUUAAAUGCCUUGAGGAGAACAAUGCAGACAGUAGCAGCAGCAGAAACCCACUCACAUCAACCUGCAGCAAACAGAAGCAGACCUGGAGACUCCCACCGCUGAAGACCCUGCACUCUCUCACAGAGAAGGACUGAUACCACUCUGUGUGUCUGUGUGUGUGUGUGCACCUAUGUCCCUGCAUGUGAGUGGGAAGGUAUACUCAAGAGAAAAUCAGCUUGAGAAGGAAGCCAAACCAUUUGAUGGUCACCCAUAGUAGAAUAAGCCAUGUACCCCCUAUAGACUAAUGUCUGCAAACAGUCAAUGUCAAACACAGAGCAAUAAUCAUAACAAUCAGUUUAUCAGUUUGAUCAACCUGAAGCCAUGAGUCUCAGACAUGUACAGUUUGCUCUGAUGGUAAACAGGAUAUAUCAAACCACAUACAGAACUGUAACUAACUACCACCUGUCUGCUUAUCAUACAGAACUGUAACUAACUACCACCUGUCUGCUUAUCAUACAGCACCGUAACUAACUACCACCUGUCUGCUUAUCAUACAGCACCGUAACUAACUACCACCUGUCUGCUUAUCAUACAGAACCGUAACUAACUACCACCUGUCUGCUUAUCAUACAGAACCGUAACUAUCUACCACCUGUCUGCUUAUCAUACAGAACCGUAACUAACUACCACCUGUCUGCUUAUCAUACAGAACUUUAACUAACUACCACCUGUCUGCUUAUCAUACAGCACCGUAACUAACUAUCACCUGUCUGCUUAUCAUACAGAACUGUAACUAACUACCACCUGUCUGCUUAUCAUACAGAACCGUAACUAACUACCACCUGUCUGCUUAUCAUACAGUAGGUAAUGAUGCAUCACUCCAAGCUUCCUAGUUCCUAGCCCUAGUGUGAAAUCUCAGGAUGUGUAUUAUUCAUUCAAACUGAAGCAGGAUAGAGAGAAAGGAGAGGGAGGGAGAGAGAGAGGUAGAAGUAGAGAAAGAUGUAGAGGGAGAGAGAAAAAGAGAGGGAGCUAUAGAGGUAAUGAGAAAGAUGGAGAGAAAGAGAGAGAGAGGUAGAGAGAGAAUACCAUGCCGACUACUUCAGAGCGUAUUCUGCUCUGUAAGGUAGAUAGAUGAAAAUGAACAACACCAUCCCAGAGCUGGUGGGGAUCUCACAACUCUCUGUAUAAAAGGAGUGUAUUACAUCGCUACAGCAGAUAAGGAUUCUCUCUGAUAUGAACAGUGUGUGUGUGUGUGUGUAUGUGUGUGUGAUAUCACCUCCGUCCAUCCCCUGCCCGCCCUUAGCUGCUGUUACGUGUUCUGUAUAGCAUGUACAUAUGUAAAACAACUGUGGAACCAUAUCUACUAGCAGUACAGUCCCCUUCCAUGGCCAUCCCUUUGUACAAAUGUUUCUAUGUAUAAAAGAAUGAACAGAAAUAUCUGUGCAACAUUUUAAAAAGACAAACAUUCUUUGUAUAAUAUUUUAUGUUAUUUUGUAUUAUAUUUGUUUUUUUACAGUUAAAAAAAGCAAUUAUAAUAACCUAUUAUUUAUUUGUUAACAUAUACAGUGCAAAAGUGUAAUGUUUUUUUUGUAGCAUACCGUAAUCUAUGACAUGGUUGGUUCUGUGGCAGCGUCCUCAAUGUUUUCUAUUUACUUUAUAAACAUGAACAUUUGGAAGAGCAAUACUGUUAUGCACCCCAUCCCUACUCUUUUUGCUUUCUUUAGAUUAACGUGUGUGUGCGCCGGUGCGUGUGUGUGCUUGUGUGUGUGGGCAUGCGAGUGUGUGCGUACGACGCGCUUGCGUGCGUAAAGGCCUUGUCUACUAAUGUAAAAUGAUUUGUAGUGGAAACAUUUAUAUUUUUAUAAUAAACAUUAUCAAAAUAUUUUCAAAAAAAUGAA